AUGGAGAUCCAGAACAUGCUUCACAGCGUUCAGCUGUCAUGUCGGAUAUACAACCCUGAAAUUGAGCCUGAGCACGAGACUCACGUGCUGUGUGACUGCCCUGUUCAUCAAUAUUGGAAAAGAAAGUUUGAGCGGCUAGAGGUGCUCGAGAUGUGGUCCAAAGCAGUGCUUUACCCAGGUGAAAAGCCAUAUCAUGAUUUCUCACAUUUACGCCUUUCCAACAACAAUCCAUAUGCAAAUAUCUUGUCAUCCUACACACUGGCAGGCUCGUCAAUACGUGGGAUUGCAAAGCCUGAUCCACAGUUUCACCUUAGGUUUGUUCAACAGACGAUAGCUCUUGAUUUGAGCCUCAACGAGAAAGCAGAGGCAGCCGUCCAAAGCGCAGAACCAUCGGUCAAUAUCUGGGGACUUGAGCAGCUAGAGUCCCUGGUAUCAGACAUGUCUCAUACCCGUCGCCAAUCGCAGAUUGGUGAAUUGAGCGGUGAAAGGUCAACCAAGCGUUCAACCUUCAGAAAAGCUUUCUCUUUGAAGAGUUCGGACGAGAGAACAGCACUUAAAAUUCAGAAGCGACUAUCUGGGUCAUUCAAAUUGCGCAGCGAGAUCAUUGAAGAAGAGCAGCAUCGAUGGCCAGAUGAAGUCGAUAAGGAUCUUGUUUCACGCUACCAGGAGCGUAUUGGGAUAUUCCGAGGCGUUGAAGAGCUUCGAACACACAGCCCAAUUCAAUAUCUCCAUCUCUUACAAGCGGGAUACUUCGAGCCUAUCCCAGUUGCCUGGGAGGGUCCCUUGUCAAAUCCUUUGCGCUUUAGCAUCGAUUCCUCUGCUGGGUGGAGAGGAUUGACGCCAGCAUGGAGGGGCUACAAAGACACGGCCGAAGAGAGACUCUACUGGACUCUAAAACACCGACCUGGAGGCGAAAGCCCGACAAAACCAGAUUUGAUUUCCGAACUUGAUAUGGCGCGGGAACGAAUGGCAUCGACAGUGCAGCCACAUCCCCGAUAUCACGAUCAUGAUGAUAUCUGUCAUAUCCAGUACCCAUCUGAAACGUAUUCAAAGCAGAUGAAGCCUCCAUCCAGAGGGAAUUCCGAUCGCAAAUCACCAGCAGACAACACGAUGAUUAUGCUAGAUGUUUGUGGCUCUAUGGACUCCAAUUCCUUGAAGCCCAAGUAUAACCAAUACCUUAUCACGGCCUUUUCCAAGUCCAAUCAACCGAAACACCAAGGUGGGUUGAGUACUUCUAUUUUUCCGUUGUCGAGAGGCUUACCUGCAACUAUAGAAUUGACAAAGGCGCUUUUAAGGCGCUUUGUCGCAACACUGAGUAAGCACGACAACAGCACACAUGGAUACCAACUUGUAACAUUCAGCGACCAAGCUCAAUACGUCGAGAUGGUCAACCGGUGGAAUCUCGAUGAAGUUUGGAGCAGAAUCCACUUUGGAGGCCGCAGUCGCGUUAUGCUAGGAUGGCAAAAUAUCAAGGAGAUGCAUUUUCAGAAGCAUUCCGGGACAGCAACUUAUCAUCCGAUGUACGGAUGGCAGGCUGGACCUCAAACCCCCAGAUUACGACUUGUUUUGAUGCUCGCUGGGGAAAUUGCCGAUAUGGAUGAGUUUGAACUGACUCUCCUCGAUGCAUCUUGGGCCUACAUCACCAUCUUCCUUAUUGGAGUUGAUGAUUGUCCCCGUCAUCACCGACGUGCAGGGAGACUCCAGCGCAUGGCUGAUUUAAACCCUCGUAUGUCAUUCAUCGAAGCCCAGGGCCUUGUGCCAGAGCGUUUCGUCACACAUGAGCUUCUCAAGUGCCACCUCGGCGAAAACAUCUCGAUGUCUGAGUUCGAAGAUCUCGAGCAACAACCUGUGGAGCUGCCAUCUCCACUAGGAUCCCGAACACAGAGAGCCCAGCUAGGCCAAUCUCGUUCGGAACAAUUGCCAGUCGAGCUACACUCGACAGAGGGAGAAUCUGCCUGGCGCAGACGGUCCCGGCCUCCGAACUCGCCAGGAUUGUAUGAGCUUCCGGACGACCAAAGGCCUGUAGAAUUACCAGCCACUGAGAUCUUGACAUUGACUCAAAGGCCUGCUAUCCCUACCCGGCCACCUCCCUUGCCCCCGCAGCCAAUGCCAGACUAUCUAUUGGACCCCCCGCCUCCAUAUUUGGAGGCUGAAUAA